AUGGCUGACUUUGCCGUCUCUGACGAAGAUUUUGUUGAAACGGUGCGCUGCUAUCCGUUCCUGUAUGACAGGACCCACAGUCAAUACAAGAACGUAUAUAAAAAGGAUGAGACAUGGAAGACGGUAGGAAGCAUCUGCGGCAUUACGGGAGACGAAGCUUUGAAAAGAUGGAGGACCAUUCGCGACCGCUUCCAAAGGCUACACAAAAAGUACGAGGCACAACAUCGAAGUGGUGCGCCCGGCAACAUUAGAAAACCGACGUGGCCACUUUUCGACACCAUGCGCUCCGUUUUGGGGACAAGGCAGCCUUCCUCAACAGUGGUGACCAACAUCCCAUCUGAAGUUCAGCCUAGGUCACCAAUUUUCAGCCAGGGAGAGUCCACCCUAACAGAGGAAGAUGAUCUCAGUGACAUCGGAGAAGACACAGAUGUACAGCAUGAUGCUACGCUAGAUUGCACUGAACCUGAAGCAUCAACAUCAAAAAGAAGACUACCCGAGGAAGAUACUACACUCACGGCGGCUGUUAGAGAUACAAUAGAAUCGCUCAGGUCAAUCCACAGCACAGAUGACAGCCCUGAGAUGCUCUUUGGGCUUUUUAUCGGAAAACGCAUAAAGAAUCUGCCAGAAGACGCAAAAUUACAGGCGUACAGUGCAAUUCAAGAAACCUUGGCUCGUGUUGAAAUUGAUGCCAGGGAUCUCAUGUGA